UCUUGAACUUAUUCUUAAAUCUGAAUGGAUUUUCGACUUCUUUUUAAAGAGGAAAGAAAACCCCGCCCACACGCCAAAGACCCGCCCCUAUCUGCGUGCUGAAGCCCCGCCCGUGUGUGAAUAUGAGCAGCGGGUGAGAGAGUGGAGAGAGCGAGGAGCUGUGGAUGAGGCAGUCUUACCUGAGCUGAGGCAGGAUCAGGUGAACAUGGAGGUGACGCGGUUCGGAUGCGGAAUGGACGCUGUGCCGGAGGGUCAUCAUGCCGACCGGAAGUGCCCCUCUCCAGGAAAACGGCACGCGGUCAAGCGGCAUCAUCACAAACACAACCUGAAGCACAGGUACGACUUCCUGGAGACUCUGGGCAAAGGGACUUACGGCAAAGUGAAGAAAGCGGUGGACAGAACCGGAAAACUGGUGGCCAUCAAAUCUAUCAGGAAAGAAAACAUUAAAGAUGAACAGGACCUGACGCACAUCAGGAGAGAGAUCGAGAUCAUGUCGUCCCUCAAUCACCCCUACAUCAUCACCAUAUACGAGGUGUUUGAGAAUAAGGAUAAGAUCGUGAUUGUGAUGGAGUACGCCAGUAGAGGAGAUUUAUUCGACUACAUCAGUGGGAGGCAGAUCUCUGAGCGAGAGGCCAGACACGUCUUCAGACAGAUCGUCUCAGCUGUGCACUACUGCCACAGGAACGGCAUCGUGCACCGCGACCUGAAACUGGAAAACAUCCUGCUGGACGCAAACGGAGACGUGAAGAUUGCCGAUUUCGGCCUGUCGAACCUGUACCGGAGAGACGAGUACCUGCAGACGUAUUGCGGCAGCCCGCUGUACGCCUCUCCUGAGAUCGUUAACGGGCGGCCGUAUAAAGGGCCAGAGGUGGACAGCUGGUCUCUCGGCGUCCUCCUGUACGCUUUGGUGCAUGAAGCCAUGCCGUUCGAUGGCCACGACUACAGGACGCUGGUGCGACAAAUCAGCACCGGAAACUACCGCAAACCCACCAAGCCAUCAGAUGCAUGUGGUUUGAUCCGCUGGAUGCUGAUGGUAAACCCUGAUCGCAGGGCGACUCUAGAAGAAAUUGCUGGCCACUGGUGGCUUAAUUGGGGCUACCAGCGUCCUCUUCUGGCUGAGAAUGAGACAGCAGGAACAACACCACCACCUGCCACCACCUCGUCAUCACAAAUGAGCAACUCAGCCCGACUCACUGAUUGGCUUCGAAGAACUUCUCGACCUCUGCUGCACAGCGGCUCGAAAAUGCGCUGCCUUCUGCGUCCAGGAGGGGGAGUGACAGGAGACACGCCCAUCACUCGUCAGCGCUCGAUUCGCAGGUCGCGUAAAGAAAACAACGUCUCUCAGAGCAUGCAGGAGAACACUGCGCCCAGGCCGUUUAAAGGCAUCCUGAAAAAACGUGGCAGCCUGAAACAGAAGCCAUGCGGUGAACCACAGGUUCCGCCUCUGGAGGAAAAAAUGGCGAACGCGACAGUAGCGCCACCUGUAGCCGAGCCUCCGCCUCCUCCUCAAGUUCCUCCCCCUCGCAAGGGAAUCCUGAAGAAGCCAGUAGAGAGGGAAUCGGGUUAUUACUCCUCGUCCACUGAAAGCAGCGAUUCCACCCAAACACCACAAACUGAGCUGUGCACUAUGAUGCCACCGAGACGUAGAGGAAUCCUUAAACGUAACGGAAAAUUUUCCUCCGGUGUUUUGCAAGAAUUCAGGGAAUUCGGCUCGCUGGACCAGAUAGAAGCAUCCCUCCCACCUGGGGGCGUCAGAUCUCGUCCCAGCAUGGCCAUCAGCGAGGACAGCAUCCUUUCGUCAGAAUCCUUUGAUCGAUUAGACCUGCCUGAUCGCUGUGAACCUGCAAUGAAGGUGGAUCGUCCGGCAAGGGGCGGCUCGAUGCGCGGCAGCGUUUCGGCCGACAAUCUAUUGGACCUGAAGGAAAACGGGCAGGAAUUAUGGGAUACAGACAAGAUGGGAGAAAGCAUGUUUUCCAUCACGGACUGUGAAAAGGUCUACAAGUCUGCCUGUAAUGGCACCCAUGUUAGCUGAAACUCUUGAUACAAACACCAAAACUCCUUCAAACCCGACAGGUCCAUUUCAGGACGUGUUCCGAUUCUGCACGGGAAAGGAAUCAUUGUGGAGACUGCAGUCCCGGAACAGGGAAGGACGACUAACAGAGUUAGCCGAGCUUCCACAUACCGACUGGAGAAGGCAUGUUCUCCAUCACAGACUGAAAACGUGACCCAGGUGUACAAGUUAGCCUUUAAUGGUGGUGGAAAUAGAGCUAGCCGAUACUAGGUAUUAAACUUAUUUAAGACGUGGCCGUCACAUUGGCAUAAGUCUGUUCAUUUUAUUAGUGGAGCCAAAAUGGGGGUAGAAAGGGAACAGUAUUGGUCAGUAGAGCAAAGCAAAAAUGUGCCAAGCGGCUGUUCUUAGAGAGGCGAUUCUCCUUUUAAACAGCAUUUCUUAAAUACAGUUUUGACUUCGUGAGGCUGCAGCCUCUCUAUGUGUCAGACCAGGACCUUGUUUUGUGAUACUUAAUCUUGAAAAUGAACCAAAAGAUCCAAAGAUGCUGAAAGUACAUGUUUAAAAACACAUUUAAGGGGUGAUAAUCAGACUACAGAGAAAUGAGGACCAGAAGAAGUCUAAAGGAAAACGUCUGGUUUAUCAUCUGCAAGCUCAUAACGUCUGCAGCUCAGAGUCCACUAGUGAUGAGAUAUUUAAAAAAAAAACACACACAACAAAGUCUGUUAACCUUGUAAAUGAUUAACCUUUAAGACGGACGGUUAUCGGUCUCUCUCUGCUGAAACACCAGACCAGACACGGCUGUUUAUUGCUUUAUGAAUUUACUUUGUGAUAAGGAUCAGUAGAUGUAAACGGACUGUGAGAAGUUUGUAAAAACGGUUUUGUAAGCGGUACUCGCUCACCGAGGCCUCUAAGUGAAAACACUGUCUUUAAUUUAUUUGUAAUUGUAUUUUAUGAAAAACCUGCUAUUGUCCAACCGUUUGAGAUCGAGAAGAAAUGAAGACGGGUGCAUUUUGUUGCUCCUGUCCAACUUUCACUAAUGUAAAAACUUCUCAUUAUUUCUUGAAUUUUUUUCUUUUAAUAAUAAUUUUAUUUCCAUGACCAUUCCUAAUGUCCGAUUGGGCUUGUGUUCAUACUAUUUCACUGUCAUUUCAUGUGAGAAACUGCAGGAAGGAUGUUAUAAUGCGAUAUUAUUCGUCUCAGACUGGAAAAUGGCCAACAAGACUGUGAAGAAUGUGAUGUGCGUCUGUACAUGUC